AAGCCCAUUUCACAUGCUCGGUAAAUUUUUUUUUGUGGGGAAUCAAUCAACUUUAAACUAAUUCCGAUGGUGGACAAAGUAUAAAAACUUCCAGUUUAUGACUUCAACUUAAGACAGCUGUAACAUCUAAGAAGAACCUAUCACUAUAUAACGAUACUGAGAUAUCAUGUCAUCAUCAACUUUGAAAUCAUCUUUAUCGAAAGAAAUAGAUCCAUUCAUUAAACAAUUAACUGUGAAAAAAGAUGGUGAAAAAACUCCUCCCAUAAAUAGUUUAAUUGCUGGUAUCACUACUGAUAAAGAAACAUUAUAUCUUAAUGGAUAUGGAACAAGAAAUAUUAAAACUGAAGAACCAUUAGAUAUAGAUGAUAGAUUUUGUUUCUUUUCUUGUUCAAAAUCAAUCACUGCCAUGGCAGUUUUGACAUUAUAUGAACAAGGUAAAUUUGAUCUUGAUACCCCUGUUAAAAAUUAUUUACCCUUGAUUGGGACCAUUGGAUUAAUUGAACCUGAUCUGGUGGAUGAUGAUGAUGGUUCAUUUGUCAUUCCUCCCAAGGAACCUAAAAAUCCCGUCACAGCCAGACAAUUAUUACUUCAUACAGCAGGAUUUUCCUAUGUUUUCCUUAAUUAUGAUUAUUUCAAAUUACAUACAUUAAAGAAUAGUCAUAUUAAUGCUAUAAAUGUAACUAAAGAAUAUUUUUCAACGGAAAAGACUCCAUUAGUUCAUGAACCAGGUACAGAAUGGAUGUAUGGUCAUAAUAUAGAUUGGUUAGGAUUAGUGGUUGAAGAAAUUACUGGUAAGAAAUUAGGGGAAUAUAUCGAAGAAGUUAUAUUUAAACCAAUUGGUAUGACUUCAUGUACAUUUCAUGUUAAGGAUGAUUCAAAUUUGAUUAAAUUACAUAUGCGUAGAUCCGAUAAAAGUCUUAAAUUAACUCCUUUACGAGUUGAAUUAGAUCCUGAAAUUGAUAUGGGAGGUCAAGGUGUAUUUGGUAAUGUUAGAGAUUAUCUUAAAUUCAUGAGAGUAUGGUUAAAUUAUGGUAAAUCUCCUGAUACAGGAGCUCAAAUAUUAAAGGAAGAAACAGUUAAAUUUGCUAUUAAAAAUCAUUUACCAGAUGAAGUAGAAAUGGAAUUCCCUGCAUUAUCAACUAAAUUAUUAGAAUCUGAUUCUGACUUUAUUCCAGAAGGGUUUACAUUAAGUGGAAACGCAUAUGUUAGUAAUGAUUUACCAACGGGUAGAUCCAAAGAAUCAAUUUAUUGGAGUGGAAUGGCCAAUUUAUAUUAUUGGAUUGAUUUUAAGAACAAACUAGCUGGUUUUUAUGCAUGUCAAAUCUUCCCCUUUUUAGAUCCUAUCUGUUAUGAUAAUUAUAUCAAAUUUGAAACAUUAGCUUAUAAAUUAUUAAAGAAUCCAAACUCUAAGUUAUAAUUAGUUGUGUAUAUUUAUUAUAUUUAUUUAUUUAUUAUACUUUAUUUUUCGCACCCUUAUUAAACUUAAUCUCUGGUUAAGACAGAUGUUUUGAUAAGACAGAUGUCUUUUCUUACCAGGACGACACCCUCCAAAAAAAAAUGUGAUUUA